CAAACUGUUUUUUGAUUAUGGAUUCGAAAUUGAUGAAACCAUUGCCGAAAACAUUAAUGCUGAAAGAUUACCUGUUGGAUGAUUUGAGUUCCUGUUCAUCAAGCGGUUUCCGAUCAUAUCCUCGCCGGCAAUGCUGCACUACUGUUCGAUUUCUUCUCGAAAUCGACUUGAAGAACAAGUAUCAACCAGCACUUCCUCCUCCGCCGUACAAAACUAAACCAAUACUCCGGUCAAAACUAUCGCCGCCGUCGGCAGCAACUGCAGCAGCGGCGAAGGUUUCUGCAUUUCAGAAAGCUUCCGUGGCGGUGAUUAACGCCGUGAAACAUCUCCCGUUCGCCGGAGUGAGGUCUUCAUCGACGUCGAAGAAGAAGAAGCCGAUGAUGAGGACAAUUUUUCCGAGGAGUAUUUCGCGGAAGCUGAAACGAAGCUUCUGGAAGAGAGGCGAUCAUAAGGAGAUCUACUGGUGGACGGCAUUCAACCGGUUAGAUAAAGAGGAAUUAAAAUCGCCGGUAUUUUCUCCGGUUGUUAUUGGCAAAAUCGCCGGAGAUUCAAAUAGCUCAACAACGACUGUGAGUAAGAGUAAAUGUAACAGUAACACCUGGUCUUCAGAUAGUGAUUUCACUGCUUCAAGUGAUAAUUCACUGCAAACAUCAAGCGGCAAUUCGGAGGUUAACUCGAUGGAAACUGUAAACGACGCCGUAGCUUCGAAUAAAUUAGGAACGGAAAAUGUGAUUUGCAGCAAAAAAGUUGGCGCAACUACCGGAGAUGAUUCAUCAGAUUCAACCAUAGGCAGUCACGGUAGCACUACCAACUCUCCAAACACAAAGAAACCUUGGCCUAAUGAAGAGAAAGAACAGUUUAGUCCAGUGUCUACAUUGGAUUGUCCAUUUGAUGAUGAAGAUGAGGUCUCUUCACCCUUUCAACAUAGAUUAACUCGUGUUGAAGGAACUACCAAGAAGCUCAUGAAGAAGAUCAAACGAUUCGAGUGUCUCACUAUGCUAGAACCACUCAACUUAGAUAAACGAAUCGCGUCCUCAGAAUCAGAGAGUGAAUCUCCUCUCAACAAUUCAUCAGAAACUGAAGUUGAUGAGGAGGAAGAGGACAAACAGAGAGUUGAAAGACAAGCACUAGACAUGGUUCAAGAAUUGAAAGAAUCAAUGCCAUCUUAUACCUUAAAAUUAAAAACAGAGAAAUUACUCUUUGAUUUCUUCAAGGAAAGGAUUCUCAAUGGUGAUGAUGAGUUCAAGAACAAACCAUUGGAAUUAGCACAAGACUGGAUAAAUGGAAAACCAAUUGAUGUACUGUUAGAUUGGAAGGUGCAAGAAAACAGGAUGGCUUACAUUAGAGCCAUUGAAACCCGAGGGGAAUGGAAGAACACAGAGUUACAGAAACAAGAAGUGAUAUUUGAAGUGGAAGUUGACAUUUUUGCAUCUUUGAUGAAUGAGGUGUUAGUUGAUGUCAUGUUGAGCUAG